AUUUUUCUGGGCUUGAGGCAGGAAGUUUUAUAUUUAUGGUUACAUUAAUUCAAGCUUUGAAGACUGAAAAGUAUUUGGAAUGCAAAGAAAAGCUGGCUGUCUCAUAGGUCAAAUUUCCUGAUGUGAAGUUUGAACUUUGAGCCGUUGUUUCAUGUUGGAGUUUCUCACAUACUACCUGACAGAGGAAAACAAUGACCGAGCACUUGAUGAAAAUACUGAUUGUUGGUGAUAGCUGCGUCGGGAAGACUGCUUUUGUUCAUCGCUAUGUCAACGGGCAGUUUAACAGCGUGUACAAGACGACAAUAGGAGUGGAGUAUUCAAUGAAAGUGCUGCACUGGUCGGAUAAAGAAAAAGUCAGACUGCAACUGUGGGAUAUCGCAGGCCAGGAGCGUUUCAUAUCCAUGAGCAGGCUAUAUUACAAAGGUGCACUGGGCUGUGUUGUGAUGUUUGACGUCACCAAUUCAUCCAGCUUCCUCAACUGUCUCCAUUGGAAACGGGAACUAGACGACAAGGCCAAGCUGCCCAAUGGAGGCCCUAUCCCCUGUAUCCUGCUGGCCAACAAGUGUGAUCUACCCCAGCGAGCUGUGUCAGCAGAAAGCAUCGACAAGUUCAGUAAGGCCAACGGCUUCAUCACUUGGAUAGAGACUUCAGUCAAAGAGAACAAGAACGUUGGAGAAGCUAUGAGGAGGUUGGUAGAGAAGAUUCUGUCAGUUCAGUCUGGUCUGGACCCACCGGAGCCCAGAUCUAGAGACACUGUUGAUCUUCAACUGAAACCAGAGCGCAACACAGGAAGAAGAUGCUGCUGAAACUCUGCAUGUUCAACCACAGAGCCAAGAAAUUUUCUUUACAUAGCCAAGUUAUUUUUUUUAAGUGCAAUUUAGUUUUCAAUCUGUCUGUCCACUGGUGAAGAGGACAGAAAAAUGACAAGAGGCUGCCAAUCUAGAUGCUGAUUUAAAGAAGUGCAUGUUGCUUGUGAGUCUAUGGCAAAACAGUUUUCCCUGGAUAACUGAGAGUUAAACUUAAAAUAGUAUUGCAGUAAACAGGUAGAACAGUUUUCCAACUCUUGUUGACUGAGUGUUUUGUUGACUGAAUGACCACAACAGUAAUUUCAGUUAUUUGUGCUGGGAAGCUCUUUAGUGUUGAUGUGUGUGUCUGUAUGGAUCUCAAACAGACUACACUUUAUAAACAG